AACGAAAACGCAUCAAUGCGAUAUUUUAAAAAAAACGCUCAACAAGUUUCCCGUUGGCAACGCACACGUGUUACUCACCAAAACGGAACGGAGUCUCAAAACCUCACUAUAAAAACACCCCCGUUCGUUUCUUUCGUUUUUGUCUCAGACAUCCUCAAUCUCGAACACAAAAUUAACAACUACUUCGUACAACAGGGUGUGAGAAAAGAAAGCCCUAUGGAAAUGGGACGAUCAAGCACUGGAGUCUCCGGCGAUUCUGUGGCCGACGGUGUUGACUUGAUGGCUUGUGAUGAGCGUCUUUAUGUUCAAGGUGAAAAAGUCUGGGCUUCUCAUAAGGGAGAAUGGUACCCGGCCAAGGUGCAGAAAGUCGAAUCUCGGAUGGAGGCAUUUACAUAUUUUGUUCAUUAUCUUGGUUGGAAGAAAAGAUGGGAUGAAUGGCUGGAUACUAAGAAGCUGAUGAAAUUUACUGAAGCGGAUGUCCAAAAGCAGUUGGCGCAGUCUGAUAGACCAGCUGUGGUGAAGAACAUCAAGCCUGGCCAGAAGAAUAAAACAAAAAUAUCUGCUGCAGCUAGAGGCAAGAAAGGCAAGGGUGGAAGCAAUUUCAAGGAGAACUGUUUGAUAACGGAGGAAAACAUGUUGAAUAUUGAAAUACCACCCACACUAAAGAAGCAACUCCUAGAUGAUUGUGAAUUUGUAACUCAUCUAGGCAAGCUUGUUAAGCUCCCGCGUACGCCCACUGUUGAUGACAUACUGAAAAAGUAUUUUGUGGCUAGAGUCAGAAAGAAUGACGAGUCUAAGGAGGCAAUUCAAGAAAUCCUAAGCGGGUUACGCUGUUACUUUGACAAAGCAUUGCCUGCAAUGCUCCUGUACAAAAGUGAGCGUAAACAAUACGAAGAAGUGACUGCAGAGGACAUUCCCCCUUCGACAGUAUAUGGAGCUGAACAUUUGUUGCGCCUCUUCGUUAAGUUGCCAGAGAUAUUGUAUGAUGCAAAGAUUGAAGAGGAAACACUGAUGAAGCUCCAGCCAAAGAUACUUGACUUGCUGAAGUUUUUGCAGAAGAACCAAAGUACCUACUUCCUUUCUACUUACCAGAGCCCUGAAGAGUUGGACCCUGAGAUGCAAGAAUGAUGCUAAAGCUCGACACAGGCGUAAAAGCGUAAUAUAGAUGUGUAUAACAUAAUGGUGAGAAAGGAUAGGUGGGUCAAUCAGUAUAGGUUAAACCGUGUGUUUUGGUUACCUAAUCUUGAAUUGAUACUCAAUUGUUUUGUAGCAGCAACUGCAUCAGUUGUAAUUGGCUGUAAUCUGUUACUAGAAUAUUUGAAUGACCAGGAUUUUCAUGAUCAAGGUUUGAUUAUCUUUCUGCUCCCA